AAUCUAUUCAGCUAAAACCUGACAACGUCCAUAUACAGAGAGUAUUGCUCUGAGUUGCAGCACAUUUAGCUGGACAGGUAAUUUAAUUUAACAGAAAAGCCCCCAGACAUCCAGCUGCAGGUGCAUGGGACUCUGCAAUACGGGAUGCUCUGCACCCUGACAGCUCCCCUCUGCCUGGUUAAUAAAUCCCUUUAUUUAACCUUGAAGGAGGGUGUGUGAGAUGUAAACAAUUUAUUUACCAGAUUUCUUCCCUUUUCUCUCUGCAUGACAAUCGUUUCAAAACAGUGGCAACACUACAGCAGGAGAGGAGUAUUCAAGCUGAGCCGAUCCGUGCCUCCAGGAGGAAGGUCUCUGCCUUGAUUGGAGAACAAAGAAAGAAACAUUUAUCUUUCCACGCAACAAAAGAAUAAAAACAACAAGGGGAUAGAAUCUAACAUUGACAGAGAACUGGGAAGAGGUCGGAGCUGAGACAGGAGCGGGUAAGUGGCAUUUUAAACUGCAUUGUGCAUUUCACAAAACAUUAUUUGUUAGCUAACAAUGUAAAACAAAAACAAAAUUAUUAUUUUUAGGGACACUUUUUUUAUACCAUGUAAAGAAUUCCAGGAUAAAAAAAAAAAAAAAAAAGUUACAAACCCCCCCCACCCCCCAAAAAAAACUUUUCGCAACUUGUAAAGUCGAUUAUUAUGCGUGAUCACAAGAAUUUGUACUGAAAGACUUAUUAACCACCUGACAGUAGAAAACCAAACCAAUUAUGGAACAUUAUGAAACCAAUAUUACAUAUUUUAAAAUAAAAUUUAAAUAAUAAAAAUAUUCUCUGCCCAGGGCAAGAGCAAUUAAAGAAAGCUUUGAGAAACUGUUGCCAAUCGUGUUUGUUAAAGCUCUGCUUUCCGUAAAUAUUGUUGAACACGUGUUGGUUCUUUGUCUGCUGGGUUUUUCCAAAUUAUCAAUCAAAUAAUUUCUCCCCCUCCCAGUAACCAUUCUGCCUAAAUCUGCCUAAACAAUACUGGCCAGAUACUCUGAUCUUGCGCCUAAUUCGGGGAGAGAAAGGUCAAAAAUAACAAUAUUAGCAUUUAAAUAAAAAGCAGAAGUAUGGAUCAUUUAUAAGCUGUAAAGACAAACUUAGCAGCAAGACAGAAUUAUUACAACAAUUGUAAUGUUGGGAGCCAUAGCUACAGACACUUUUGGGAUUUAUUCAGCUUUACCACAGUGCAGGUACCUCUCCCAACCCAGGUGCUCCUGCUAAUUAGUGAUAAGUAUGCAAUGCCUUUAAUACCUUAAGUGAGCUCAGUCCCUCACACUCACUAACAGGGUUAUUUACAAAAGUGUCAGUUUUCAGAAAUUCAAUACAAAUUUCACAUUCUAAGUCGAGCAGCCAAACUGGGGAAAAACACCUAGGACUUCGAGACUUUCCAUUUUAGGUAUUGUGGCCUAAAAUCUGAAAAUCACACAGAAAUACUCCCAGAUCAAAGUUUAGCGAAUAACUCUUAAAAGUCUGAAUUCAAAGUGAAUUUCUAAUUUUAGUCCAUACUGGGGAAACUCUCCAAAUCCGCUAUGUUUUCAGUUCUGCUCUUUUGACCUCAAAUUUAAAAUUUUGCUUUGAAUUCCUUACAAUCAAGAAUUUACACUUUAGUCAAUAAUUAUUAUAGCUCAAACACCCAGCUUUGUAUGUCUGAAUUGCUGACAAUGCACACCUUGGGAGUAAUAACCCAGUAAGUAAUUAGAACGAUAAUUACUAAACUGACACACGCAUUACAUUCAUAUAAUCAGAAGUAGUUUAAUCCAUUUAAUAAUGUAUUGUAAAUAUGUAAUUAAAUAAAACUAAUACUAACCUUUGUGCGAACACUAGAAUAUUACACAAUAUACAUAUAUUACAGCAUAAAAUAAACACAUUGAAAUUUGCACAACCUUCCCACGUGCAAAUCUCACAUAGAACCGAAAGAACACUUGAUAUGUGAUUUUAGAUUGCAUGACUGUCACGGGUGGCAGUCUGAAGACCAGCACCCCUGAGUGCCUGAUGAUGGGAGUCUUAGCGUGGAAAUGGACUAUCAAGACCUGGUGCAGGGUAACCACAUGCCCCCUGGUUUUGAGCACCAGCAUUUGUGCGGCCACAUACCAGGGGCCUGAUGCAGCUUCUGCGGAUCCCUCCGCAGAAAAAAAACAGGAUGUGACAAUGACAUCCCGUUCACGGUAAAUCCAUAUUUAGUGCUGUAAAUAAAUAACGGAUAUUGGCAGUAUUUAACGAAUCAUAACAGCUCACUCACACUGUCCUGCGCCUAUAUAUCGGCUCAAAUAUUACACCAUAACCUAAAGCACUUGGCAUAAAACUUUUCCUUUCUGUAUCUCCUACAACAGAUGCAAGAAAGAUAGAAUGAAUACGAUGUCACAUAAAACGUUAAUACAAAUCAAAAUUAAAAGGGAGGUUUUUUUUUUUUUUAAAUGCACUGAUGGUAACGGAGGGAAGUGUUGGGGAUCGAGAGGAGAGAAGGAAGAAGAUGGUCACGUCAGUCGGCAGCACAAAAUAUGCACAUAAUUGACAUUUAGUUGACAUUUUAGAUCAGUCCUGUCCAGGUGCACUGUGCUACAGUUAAACGCCUCAUUGCUUUGUUUUAAUCUUACAGAUGGUACAGUCUUUAGGGCUUGGUGUCAGAAAAAGAAAUGGAGAGUCGCCUGGCCCAGCUGCUGUCCCCACUACCGCAUGUGGUACAGCAAGGGGUAGAGGAGAUUAUGAACGAGGCCCAGGUACACCGGAAGCAGCUGCUGGAUGCUCUGUUAAGAGACACAAGGUGCAGCCAGUACCUAACCACGCUGGGUAAACUGCUGCUGGCCUCGGACCUCAGGUAAGGUAUAAACACACCUCUCGUAUAGCUGCACAACACAGACAAACGUGACUGUCUGACACACUGUAAAUAAUAAGAUACAUUAGGAAGUGUCACAAGAGACCAACCACAAGAGUAACUAACUUACAGUUACUGAGUUUUCUUUGUUGAGUUUUUGUGCAGCAGUUAAGUCAUAUGUAUCCUUCUAACUUACUGGUUGCCAGUACGUGUACAAUGUACUGGUGCACGAACUGUCUCUGAAAACAUUCAAAUCAAGGUACAAAACCUCCAGGUAACACAGCAUUGUUGAAUUACGCUGAUCAGAUAAGGAGCAGCCUGGUUAUUAUUAGGGGAGGCGAGGUUGACCCCAGAGAGAACACUUAAUAAACAAACACUCAGGAAAUCUCACCAAGAAGUUGACCCAAGGAGGGAGUGCAUUAUGAAACAGCAGAACCCAAUGUGUAUGGAUCACGGCAAAGCGACGAUCAGGAUGGAUCUGCUGAGUAAACACAUCCUUUAACUUGCAUGACAGACACUCAGCAACCGAGCCUUAAAUAAAUUGUAGGUUAAAUAACAUGUAUAGCAAAGUAAACAGGGCAAGCCAAUGGGCAGGCGGAAAGACUUGCCAAGUGCUGCCAACACUUAACAUUGAUAGUCACGCCGGCUUACAUAAAAAGGAUUGGACAUUAAGAUGUAAAGUAGCAAACUGUGCUGUUUGAGAGGCACAACAUUGAGUGACAACGACGCUUUGAACUCACCACAGAAUGUUGGUUACUAGUAAAACAACCUGCAGAGAGAAAGGGGUUUUGGGUGCAAAUAAAAAGAGGUAAAUAGGUAAUCGCUAGGAGAUAUCCACGCUACGGCAAUGUAGCUACUAUAGACUACAUUUUCCAUCAUUCCCAGUCACCAGCAUUUCCAGCCUAACGUUACAGAUUACAUUGCAUUGGUAUAGCUCUGAUUUCCCCACACAGGUCCUUUAUACUACAGCGUGCUGUGUAUGUUCAGCUUGAGGCCUUAUACCAUGCGCCAUGCGUUCGUUGUCACUGUGGUAGAAUCCCACGUCAACACACAGCACAGGGCGAGAACUAGAUCUUACAGAAUCGACGAUGUGACCUAGGGGACAAUUCGCAGAGAUCAAUCUCGCGAGAAGUAUUUUGAAAUGGCCCGAUUUUCAUGCAGACGUAUUUCACACACCAUGAUGGCCCUCUAUAAAGCAAAAUUCUAAGGCAAACGUGGCGCAAUCACUAGGAAAAUCGACAUCCCUCAUUCUGCAGAUGGAGCAGGGGAGGUUAGAAUUAAGAAGGGCAUGGGGCUGUUUCACAGAAAAAUUGGAAGGAUGUGGGACCUGCUAACAAUUAAAAUAUGUCUUCUAAGUUCCAAGUCAGGUCAGCAUUAAAAAUGUAAUGUACCGGCUGAAGGUGAAAUUCCAGCAAACAAAUUUUAGAUGUUAUCUCUGAACUGGAUGCAGGUGUCAACUCCUACAAUGCUCAGAACUCCUUGCGCAUGCAAGCACGCUAUCCAUUAUCUGACACCAUGCACAGCAUGCAAAAGGUCGCACCUACUGCAACCAUAAUAUCUGCAGGAUUUCCAGCGUUACGGCAAAGACACAGACGUUUAAACUAAAAGUGUUUCUUAAUAAUUUUUCUAUGUGUUUCAAUGUAAUGCAUUUUCAAAACACACAACACAGGCAUAAACUGCUUCACGCCAUUAAGAUCGAAGUUCACAGAUCUCACAGAAUGGAACUGUCAGACAUUGAUGGUCUCUCUCCAGAUUUGCAUGAACGGGAAAUAAAAACAGAGACAGACUAACUUUGUUCUGUGUUUAUUAAAACCCCACUAGAUACUCUGUCAAAGGUCACUAAACCGUAUAUUCCAGUACAAUAGCAAUCAGGUGAAUAGAGUUUAUUGUGUCUUGGUCACAGCGAAGCACUUUUUAAACAAAUAAAGAUCCUACAACCAACACAUUGAUCACAGCUCUAGGAUUCCGAGAGUCUAGUGGUAUUCUUGUUCGGAGUAACCAUUUAGGAGGAGAUUAGCUGAAGGCUCUGUGUACGCUAAGAGCUGCACGUCAAUAACAAGCCCUUUUUUUCUGCUUAUCUCCAUAUUGACAAGGCUCAUGUCGGGGAGGGGGCCAAGUAAUCCACGUGCUGGCAGGCUCCAGACUGGCUUGGUUUAGUUACAACCGUUACCCAGCAACCGAUGAUCCAAAACGGGCUUGUGGUGUUUACAGGACGUACUGCUGAGCUUUGUGCCAACAUUGGAGGGGGCGCACCCCUCCUGCACACACAUCCAUCACCACCAAGUGACUCCCACAAGUACAGCUAUACAUCUGAACUUCACAAAACAAACACACAUUUAAAGGACAACUGUACUCACACAAUAUUUAAUAAAAUAAGCCUUUCAUCACAUUUUCAAAUAAAAUUGUAUUUUUUUAAAAUGAAGUAUAUGUUAAAAAAAAAAAAAAAGACAAAAGCUCAUCCCUGCCUUUAGUCUAUGACGACGUAUAUAGCUUCAGCCAUAUACGUACACCUCGGGUCGGACAGUGCUUGAAAACUGACAGUUAGUCUCUAUGGUCUUUCCUGUCUCUGUGGAGGGAGUGAAGCAAGGAAAACCAUAAAGACUAACUGACCGUUUGUCUGACCCAAGGUGUAUGUCUAUGGCUGUAGGAUCCCGUCAUAUACUAAUGUGAGGAAUGGGGUUCUCUCUUUUUUUACAUUUACUUUAAUUUUAAAAAAAAUAAAAAAAAUUGGGGGGAUCCAGGCUUGACAAAGACCAUCUAGGUCGAAAUGUUGUGAUUUGGCUGUGGGUUUAAUAAAUUGCCUUUUUUGUAUUUUGGAGUGCCUGGACCUUUCUACAAUUGUUUCAUUAAGCAUCUGGUUUCUUGGUACUGAGAUCGGGCCUGGUUGCACCCAGAUUCAUACUGAUAAAAGGGAUUUAGUGCAGUUCCACAUCGAUGAUCUUAUAACAUUGGCAUAUACAUGAACUCGCACAUGUAUGUAUACCUGGCAUGCACCUGAUCAUUUUGUGCAUGAUGAUCUCCGUGCAGUCUCCAGCCUCCACAAUUCAGCUGCUUUCUAUAGAGUAAUAGAAGAUAUUUAGUGCUCAGAGGGACUUUCCACUUGCAUGGGAUUCUGUAACUUCAUGUAGUAAAAUACGGAUUAAUCUAACCCAACCAAUGAUUAAAGAGGUUCUAUCGCAUUGUUAGGGGAAGUUUCAUGGGAGGGUAAAUUCCCCCUUAGUCCCUAACCUUAAACGUUGCAGUUCCACUGGCGUGACGGGUACAUUUUGAUAUUUAACAGAUGGGAAUACAUUAUACAAGACGUGUCCUGUGUAUAAAAUUAAGUCUUCUAGAGUUUGGGCCAUUGGGAGUUCUCAAAUCAGUAUCUCAGAGUUAUUCACUAUGCCAGAAAUUCAAAAGAAAUUUCAAAUUUAAGGCUAGAAUCGCUGGAAAUAUGUUACAAGCCAGUUUUGUUUUGAUUCUGAAUAUUUGAAAUCCACAUUUCAUGGAAUAAAUCUGUAUGUUUCCAGAUAACGUAACAAUUUGAGAUCAUGGCUUGUGGUGUGGGUCUCGUUCUGCAGGUUGUGUAGCAGUGUAGCCUUUAUCUUGGGAACCGUGGCAGAAGACCCCACAAUAUGCACGCUACUGGUGGAUCUUGCAGAACACUCAACAGAUUGGGACCUGCUGGGGAGACUGAGCUCCAUGCUGUUGUGGGAGGACAUGGAGGCUGUAAUGAACGCUGCUGGGGCCUUGGGAACUCUAGUAAGUAUUUUACCUGCUGUAUCAAUCAAUGACAGGGUCACUGGCGCUCCGAGUAAGGGGGCUACAAACAUUAAACAGCAAAGCAGACAUACAACAUCAAUUGCUAACAUAGGCUCCUAGCUUUUGUAGCAAGCAUUGCGCAGAAACGUCCAUUUUCUAGACGUUGCGGAAAAGCGCUCCUCAUUCUGCAGAAGCAGAGAGCGAGGUAAGCGGAAAGCAGCGAUGUCGAGCACCAUAUGGACCAACUAGGUGGUUAAACUCUUGAAAAACGGCUUAACCCCCUGAAGGUACGAUGCCACCCACCCACUCUGGAAACAGCAUGACAAUCUCAAUGCGUUGAAGCUGUUAUGAGAGUGGGAGUGUUAUUUUAAAUGAAGGGAGCAUCUCCUUAGGAAUGUACUCCAUGGUGAUAAUGGAGCAAACAUCAUGACUAUUAAUCUUUGCUUUGCCAAAUCAUGCAAUCUCCUGUUUGCAUGUGAAUCUGUGAAAAGCUCAUCUCAAUGCGACCGGGAUUUGCUGCCCUGAAAAUCAGAAUUUAAACUUGGAAUAAAAUAAAAAAGGAAAUACAUUUAAGUACAAGGGAAAAUAAUGGGCAUAUUAGAUAUUUCAUGUUUUUAUGGCCUGUUUUAGGAUAUAGGUCCAGUGACAGUCACGUCAUCAUGCUAUCCCUUUAAUUAUGGACUAAUGCAUGAUGUGGGACAGCAGAAAAUAUUUAAUUAUAUCUCAUGUAGUCUACAAUGAAAUCCCCAUUAAUAUAUUGAUUUAUUUGUAUUUAUUGUAUAGCCAUUGGACAACGCUGCAGACCAUGCUGGCGUUUUCGUAAUAAUAAUGCAAACCUGCAGUUCUCGAUAUUAAUAAAAAUAUUUGCAAUAACGUUGACAUAUAUGUGGAUUCUAACCAUCAUGUUCUCCAAUACCUGUAGGCCGAGCACAGCCAAGGGCGUCAAUGGAUCCUCGCAUUUCCGAACUCUAACGCUAUCAUUGAGAACAUUGCAGACCUGCUGGAAUCUCCCAGUGAUUGGACGGCCAGUAACUGCGCACUGGUUCUGGCCCGGAUCUGCAUGUGCCAGAAGGGCUGUAACAGAAUUCUGGACCAUCCCAAAUCAGAUGGAGUGCUCCGAAAGCUUAUAGCGUCACUGCAUGUUGACGAAGCAGGUUAGAGAACCGCACAUUAUUGUCCAUUAUAUAUCCAUGAACUUAAAACUUUGCAGUUUGUGCUAAAAGGAUAAAAUAUAAAUAAAAAACAGACAAAAACUAAAUAUUUUUGUCAUAAAAUGUCAAAUAUUUUUUUCAGGACUUUACUGUAAUAGGUGCUAUUUUUUCAUUAUAUACCAUCUAUUCUUUUCCAUGCACAAUUUCAAUAUAAUGCCUUUCUAGGACAAUUCAAUUUUGUAUUAUGAACAAGACACCAUAAUACAGAUAUUUGGUAACAGGAAUUAAGAGAAGAUCUCAGCCAAGAUAAUGGUAUGUGCAAUCAGCAGCUAACAAUGAGGCUGAUUGUUUCAGUCACUUAGUCUAGAUUGACCACAGUCACAGAUCUUCUCACAUCUUGGGCCCUGGGAUCCUUCUACCUGCUAGGUGUUAUGUUUAACUCUUCCCUCUCCAGGCUGCGGGUUGAAUGCUGCCUUUGCUCUUGGACGUCUUUGUGACACAGAUACCGGGAGGAAACGGGUGCUCGGGCUACGAGAGGCUGAAGACAUGGUGAGAAAAAAAACAAAAAACAUGAUAAAACAUUCAAACUUUCAAACAUACAAUGACUUGCAUGUGAUAACCAAGACCAACCCAAGGUACAGUCUGUUAUUGCUUUAUCAGGUGCAGGGUGAAGGCCAGAUGAUAUGGCCUAUCCAAAACAUGUUUAUUAAUCCAGUUUUGCAUUAUGAUAAUCUCCAUUCACUAGCUGACCUAUCUAUAUCGCAAUCAUUCCAGGUGUCUGCUUUGGAAGAAAUUAUGUCAGGUGAGGAUGCAGGAGGGAGUCGGAAUGCCUGUUUUGCCAUCGCUUGCCUAGCAACGGACCAAGCAGGCCAUGAAUACGUUUUGAAGAAUCCAUCCUUCCCUCAGAUUGUAGACACCCUGUGUUGCCUACUUCAGUCUGAGGAGCAAGAGUCCAGCUGGUUUGCAGCAAUGUAUGUUCCACACACCCACAACUAGAGCUCUUUAACAGGCUUCGUAACAAGUUAAAUAGAACUUUUCACCGUUUGGGUCCUAAUACACCAACCAAAUAUGUACACACAUAACAUACCAGUGAUUGAAGGGGGAUAAAUACAUGUACAUGACGAGUACCUCCAUCUAGAGUUGGAUUUAUACCAUACAACGUUUGGUAAAGUACUUGACUAACCCCCACCCAUUAACAGCUCCAUGCAUUGGUCCACAGUAAGCAAUGAAUGUUGUGCUUUAUAUUUGGAACACGGAUUGGCUGAUCAACAGACUGGUUCUGGAGUAUUAUUUAACGGUGGGAAUUUUACUUACAACCUUCUCUCUUCUCCAUAUAGGACUGUGAAGGUAUUGUCCAGUUAUUCUCAUGGAGUGGUGAGACUGCGCCAACACCAUUUACUGGAGAAAACGCUAAAGGUAGGGGCAACACAGGGAGUGCCUCCAAGCCCCGUAACCACUACAUCCUGCUCUCCGUAUGCCUUGGCUCUGUCCCUGAGUGAAUUGGUAAACCAUUUAAGGAUGGUCUGACAACUUACGUGGGUCACACGGGCCAGAACUUGCAGCCUGCAUCCGGCUUUUUCAUUGAAUUGAAGCAGGUCCGAUACAGGACUGUGUUUAUCGGUUGAGAACACACAGCUAGCACUUUCAGCCAAUGAGGUCUUGCACAACGAUGUUUAGCUUAGUGGAGAUAGCUGUAGUGGUUAUGGUGCUUGGAGUGUUUCUUUAAUAUAAGUGACAAUGCACACGCAGAGGACUGAAUACGAUUUGUGCACUGUGAAGGCCAAACAUGGCUGCCAAAUGUAUUCGUCGGAAGUAACAACAUCUCUCCAGAUAUUGCUUUCACCUAAUCCCACUUAUAAUAUAAAAGAUGCACAUCACAACAAUUUAUUAUAAGAAAAAUCACUUUUAUUUAUUCAGCAAAUUAUUCAAUCAUAUUAUCAAAUCCAAAAUAACAAACCGAUAGAAUCAUGACAAGGCUUCACCAAAAACACAGCACUUAACAAUCCCUCGAGAAAACUUGAUAAAAGUUUUAGCCAGUCUUAGCCAGUCUAUCAAGGCUGUCUGGCUAAGAGUUGCAGGAGUUCAUCUGGAGAACUGUAAAAGGCUGGCUUUGCCUACAGGUCUUUUAAAAAGCUAUCGUUUUGGCAGCCAAACUGCCAGCUCUCAUCUCCAGACAAAAUGGUCUCGUAAAUAAUUGGCAGAGAUCAGUGUGGGAGUCUGAGACAGACGUUCUGUAUCACCAUGGAAGACAUUGCCAGGGUUACUCAGAGACCGAGGGCGCUGAUAUCUCCAGGAGACAAUAGUAAUAAAAGGAUCCUUUUAUUCUGAAAACUAAUGGAGGAAACAUUUGUCUCUUAAUACUUCGUGGCUCAACUUUCAUCGAGCUUCAGAGUGAGACGUCUUCUCAAAGAAUAAAAAAGGAGAAAUAGGUGAACUGGCUCCUCCGUGAAAAACUGCACAGAAUUUUAAAAAAUUGCUAUUUUUGAAAUACAACAAAAACUAACAUAAAAAGAAAAAAAAUUCAAUGAAUAAUAGAACUUAUAGCAUGCAAUUUGCUAAGUACAAGCUUGUAGUAUGUCUUACACUUUAAAGAACAAAAUCUGAGCACAAAUUCUUAGAUCAUAUUUAGAUCAUAAAUGUAUUGUAUCAGAUAUACUGAAGGCUCGCACAUAGAUUGCUGUAUUUUGAAAGUUAUAUUACUGGGCACUAUUGGAUCAUCUUCUCUAAACAUGACUUAGAGAAUAUUCCCCCUCGCUGCCUAUAUGGAGAAGCCCUUCAUGUAUAGGGUCUGGGGUCUAUAUGUGUGAUAAAUAGUGUGAUAUUGUGUUACUAUUAGGGGACACUAAUUGUGUACACACGGUUUCCUUUUCAGAGGAUAUUGGCUUCUCACAUGACUGGUAAGGACCUGCUUGAAGAGGUACAAACCACACUCAAAAAUCUACAGCGACUUCCCCAGCCAUCCUGUCCCAGAGCCAAGGUCACAGAGUCGAGGUCCAUAUGGAUUGAUUGGGAGGAAUAUAAACCAAACAGUGGGUUACCAGUUACAUACAGGUGGGCAAAGACAUUUCAAAUCAGGCUUGUGGUAAUUAUUUUGCUGUGUAUUCCUAGACUGCAUGCCUCCCAUCUCCGUAACUUCUGCUUAGAUGGCUCCAUCUUGCUGCUCUUUCCAUUCCCAAUCUACACCUUUGUCAGGCUUUCUUCUUUACAUCCACGAUUAUUAUUAUUAUUAUUAUUAUUACUGGAAUUUAUAUAGUGCCAGCAUAUUCCGCAGCGCUUUAUAAUUUUAUCAAAGGGGGAGAUACAAUUGUGCUGAUUAUAAUAACCAAGUACAGUACGCUGUGCCCUAAAUAGCAGUCCAAUGCCUAUCCCAGGGCCACACAGAACUAUUCUAUCUAGAUAUAUCCAAUCCCUUACAUAUUCCACUUUGACAGGGAAGGAGGAGAUCCCAGGCAUUGCUUUACCUGAAAGGUAACAAAACAUUUAACCCCAAAGUCUGCAACCCAGCGCUCGAUCGCUCUGCAUCUGCAUGUCCGCCCAAUGUCCAUAGCGUAACUCAGGUAGCCGGAGUGUAAAGAAAGUUCUAUACCCAAAGAAUAGUAUAACAACAACUCCUUCCAAGCUAGGAAGCCAAGCCCACUAGUAUUCCAGGUUAUGCAACCUCUUGUUUGUGAUAAAAUAGUUAUUUGACACUACACUAAGGCAGCCAUGUUGUCCUUCUGUUCACAGUCUGUUUGAUGGUGAAAGAUUGCUCUAUCGAGGCACAUCCUGCUCUUAUCAGAUCACAGAUUCCAAAGCUGGUCACCAAUAUCAUCUUAAAGUGGUUAUGGAAACCCCUGGAGACCGCAGUCCAGACAGCCCAGUGACCGUCAUGACCAUGGACGAACCAUUGCCAGGCCCUCCUAUGGACUUGCAUAUUACAGGCCGUACAGCUACAAAAAUAAAACUUAAUUGGUCUCCACCAUCUGAGGCUAGUACAUUGAUAAAAGGUUAUAUCGUGUACAAGGAGGACAGUCCUGUGGAGACAACAUCUGAGUUAAGCUGUAUAGUAGGAGGUUUGUUACCAUUAUCAAGUUAUAAUUUUAGUGUUUGUGCAUUCUCAUCAAGAGGCCAGGGGCAAAAGUCAUCCAUAGCCGCUAAGACGAUGGACAAAGGAGAUCAUGCCCCAGGCAAACUUACUCUAUAUGUCAUUGGACGGAGUGAGAUCUUUAUCACUUGGGAGGUACCCAGAGACUCUGCUGGGAAAUUUUUCAAUUAUGAACUGUGCAUGAACGGAAAGCCAGUCUAUUUGGGCACUGAACGCUCUUACACUGCCCGUCGCCUUAUACCCAAUACAGAAUACACCUGCAGAGUCUGUGCCAUCACUAGUGAAGGGCGCUUUGAGAGUCGGCCGGUCACUAAACGCACUGCCAAGGAUGAAUAUAGCAAUCUCAGCAAGUAAGUAACAAUGAAAUAUACCUCAACACUCUAUGGUAUAUAAUGCAGUAUAAGGGACGGUGUAUGGAACUCACUUGUUCAGGUUUACAACAUUGCAAUUUGGAGUUGUCUCUUUAAUAGAUUUAUUAUUUUUAACUUUUUUAUUCAUUCUGUUUAUUUUAACACUGCUUAUCAUAUGAGUAUAAGCAGUAAUCCAUCCAGUUGCAAUCCUUUCUCAUCCACUUUACGUACUACACACAGGGAUUAGCGAAUGCUUUGAAACAUGAUCUCAGAAUUAGGAAUUAAGAUCUUGGGUCUGGGUUACAAACACAGAUACUCUAUUGCAGGGUUUAAAAUCUGUAACUAGCCAGGCUUUAAAAGUUACUUGCCACAGGAAGCCAUAGCAAACCCACCAGGAGUGAACCUCUACUCGCCAGGUCUGAAUUCCCACUCACCAGUGGCAUUUGGAAAAUGGAAAUUUUGAUUAUUACUCUGACAGCCACAGAAAGUCGCGCUCUGCAUUACCCAGACAGUUUGAAUACUGACUUACAGCGUUGGGCCAAGUGGUAGGCUGGGAGGACAUAGUCAGGACCUAGGGAUGUACAACUGCAGACACAUAAUUUAGACGUACAGAUUUUAAAGGAAAGCUAUUGGUACACAGACCACCCCUACAAGUACCACCAAGUGGUUCAGCACUUUCCAAAAUAUAUGUCAGUACUGAAGAAAAGGUUGGCUCAAAAAUUCCAAUAGAGGAAAAAAGGUUCCAGACAGAAGAAAUAGCACUUUUACAUCUCGCUGAGCUUUAUAUCUAUUGAGCUCAAGGACAUAAAGAUUUGACUAACGAGCCCCUGCACGCUAGUCUUCUCUUGCUCACAAUAAGAUGUUGAGGAAUUUCAGCCUAAUCAUUAAAAUAAAUUCAUGGCUUGUAUAUAUGUAUAAAGAGGGUAUGAACAUUCAUAAAUAUGGACACAGUAUAUAAACGUACAUUGACAUGGUCACAAAAAAUUAACACUUGUCCUAAUGAAUCUAGAAACCAUGUUACAGCUGAGAGCAACCAACUUCUUAUCUCCUCACCACCCCGUGAUAGCCACAAUCCCACCCAGAGACAGAAGAAGACAGAUGGCCCGGCCAAAAACUGUCCUGAUAAAAGCCACCACAUACGCCUGCUGCUGAGUCGCCAGACAAGCAAAACAAAUGACAAGACGAGUCAGGCUCCGAACUCAAGGUAAAAUUUACCUUCCAGGUGCAAGAGCGUUAAGGGUUGAAUCGAGCCAUAUCUUCAUGGUACAGGCUGAUUAGCCCUGGAGUGACACCCACCAGUGGGUUACCAAAUAUUCCAUUCAUUAUACUAGACUUCUCCUGUUUCAUUUUAGAAGAGGCUCCCAGAUAUCCUGGUCUACAGAAUCAAGUGACGAUAAUAUAGGAACGCUGGAAUUCCAGGUCAGUAUGUAUAGUAUCUCUGGUCAAGCAGAUAUAUUGCAUUUUCCAUGAUAUUUAGAUCCAUUUGGAAAAUGUCAUUUUUAUAUCCUUCUCAAAUUAAAAUCAGAACAAUGUGGCAAGUCUGCUAAGAGAAAUUAAAAUUAUUACAGUAAUGCAGGGACAUUAUGCGGGUAGGUUUUCCCAGAUAUCUCAGUGCACAGACCUUAUGACAGCAGCCACACGAAAGGAGUUUGAUGUGACGGUGACACAAGUGAGAGCAAAUCAACAUAGACUGUCCAGUAGCUUUCUUAUCUGUCCACUGACGGCUUGUACCAUCUCAUAACCCAGAAGGCUUCAACGUGCGACCCAGCAGCCAGGCACAUGGAGGAAGCACCUCAACGCAGAAAAGGCAACUUUUCUCAAAAAGAAAUUGGAACCAGUAAAGAAACCCCCCAGACAAUUAACACAGGAGCCUCUCCGAAGGUAAAAACAGCGGGAGUGCCCUGAGUACAGCAAGAUAGGGGGGAUAAGAAAAAGGACAGGACAUACCAAAAAUAAGGAGAGGAAGGACGAUAAAGGGGCAAUAUGUAGGACAGUACAGCUAUAGUGGGGCAAUAAGGAGGAAAGCAGAGCAUUACUAGGUAAUGGGGAUUAGAGUAGAGUAAGAAUGGGGCAGCAGGUAAGAGUAUACACUGAUAACGGGGAGGCAGUGAGGAAGAGGGUAAAGAGUCUAAAGAGCAAUGAAGAGGAAUGUACGGGAUAAAAUAGACUUUAGGAAGGCCAGUACAAAAAUGGGUCGCAAGAGUAUUCAGAGAACGGACAGCAGCUAAAAUAGCCUGCCCUUUGUUGGGUCCCCGCUCAGAACUCAAGCUGGUUUUAGCUCAUCUUGUGCCAUUACAGAGAGAACAUAUCUGAAGCAUAUCAGACUGGUCCCACCCAUAUGGGCAGUCCAGAUCCGAAGUGCCAGCAAGUUCUCUCUGCACAAGAGAUACAGCAACCCCAGACGAUCAUUCAGCCUUGUUAGGCAUCAUCAGUGAGGCAUAGCUGAUAUCUCUCUAGGCACCGUGAGCAAGGGGUCCACGUCUGGAUUACCCUUUAAACUUAUGGAGAGCAAAACACGGGUCGCAAGAGUAUUCUGAGAACGGACAGCAGCCAAAAUAAAACAGUAAGUUGAGCUGCUGCCAUUCUUAAAGGAUCACUUUAGGGUCAGGAACACAAACAUGUAUUCCUGACCCUAUAGUUUUAAAACCACCAUCUAGCCCCCCUGGGCCCCUCAUGCCUCCAUAAAUAUAGCAAAAUCUUACUGUACUCAAGCCUGUAUAUCUGCAUGCUGUUUGCCUCAGAAAAACAAGCAGUCUGCUGAAAUCAUCAGAAGUGGUAGCCUGAUCCAAUCACAAUGCUUCCCCAUAGGAUUGGCUGAGACUGACAAAGAGGCAGAUCAGGGGCAGAACCAGCACAAUUCAAACACAGCCCUGGCCAAUCAGCAUCUCCUCAUAGAGAUUAAUUGAAUCAAUAAAUCUCUAUGAGGAAAGUUCAGUGUCUGCAUGCAGAGGGAGGAGAUACUGAAUGUUUGGAUGCAUUUUAGGCAGCCAUGACCCAGGAAGGAUCUCUAACAUCUGAGGAGUGGCCAGUGAAGUUUUCACUAUGCUGUAAUGUUAACACUGCAUUUUCUCUGAAAAGACAGUGUUUACAGCAAAAAGCCUGAAGGUAAUGAUUCUACUCACCAGAACAAAUUCAAUAAGCUCUAGUUGUUCUGGUGACUAUAGUAUCCCUUUAAUCAUUUUCUAUUUUUGUGCAGCCAUCCCAGCAGUUGGCGGUGAAGGCAACAGAUGAUAAAUGCCCCAAACCAGCUCAUCCUGGCUCUGACAACAAGAAGCCACAGAGUGCCUACGGUCUAAGGCUCCUGCCUGUGGCAUCGCUUCAAAGCCUGGUACCGGAACACUUUCUCCUCCACCAAACCAAGAUGGAGGCUGAGCUUCUGCAAUCAACAUUUGGACAUAAGCAAGAGCAGAAAAUGUAAGUCCAAACCAGCACCCCUAAAUACAGAAAUACGGUCUUCCGUUCUAUUGCCCCAAUAGAUUUACUACAAAAAAACAACAUAGUGUUCCCAAUUGGUCAACAACAAGCGAAAAAAACAGAUUUAAAAAAAAAUAAACUAACUUCUUAAUCAAUAUUCUAUCUUUAAUUUUUUUUUCCAGACAUGAGUGCCCACCAACGUCUGAUAAGGAAAAAUCUCUGUGUCGCAGAAAAACAUUACAGCCAUUAAAAGGUAAGUAAAAGACUCUAAGAGCUCCUGCAAUACAGAGCACAAACAAGCUACCACAUAUCGACCCUUUAACGCUAGCAACUCAUGGUCCCCGGGGAUCCACUCACGAUAUCAUGAGUAACAGAACGGUACCGGUCCGGCACCAAUGCGUUGCGGAACGACCCAUACCAACCAUGCGGCCUACAAUGGAGCGGAGCCUGAGGUCUGGGGGAGGCGGCCGAUCUCCCGGCAUGGGACCCGCUCACAUGCGUGAACUCAGCACAACCCUGCUACACCCCUCUGGACCGGCAGGGGAUAUCCCGGUCCUCGCUGGGGACGAUCACCCCCACACCAACAUCUGACCAAGCGACUAAACCCAAAGCAAUACGGACAUAUCCAGGCCCACACAAGAUGGCGGCACUGACAUGGGAUGCACGACCCGCCUGCACCUCAGCGGCCCCAACUGCUACCACCCGGCAGGGUGCAACCCCUCGUUUGGACACUGACAAUACCGGCCGCGCCGCAGAUUGGGAGGCAGGAUGCCGAAAAGGGACACGGGCGGAGUGCCCCUCCGUGGCCCAUGGGGGAGAGGACAUCAACCCACAAGCACACCAAGCAGAACCUACCUGCAUGCAACUCACCAAACCCAAGCCCGUCUGACCGGCGCGGCACGAAGCACCAGCUCCAGGAUCACGCUGCACACCAAGAGGCCGCACAAGAGACAACCUCGCCGACAACCGCAAGAGCUGGAAUCGGGCCCAGGAUCUCCGCCGACGGGGCCGGCUGCGCCGGCAAUCGAGACAUUCCCACACUGGGCAUCGGCUGAAAUGCCUUGCACCCUGCCCCACAGCUGACAGAUCUUGAACUGAUCCGUGUGGGCACACUCCUCGGCUGUCCCAGCUGCUGCCGGCAUACCCUGAUACCUUGUUGGGUUGGUAACCCUUGCAUCACUGAACUCUCUUGUAUCUGGCAUGGGGAGACUUUUGCCAAUGUUAUAGUGUAUUAGUUGGUACAUGUUCACUGUAAUCUACGUUUAGUUUAACUCUCACUGCUUGUUUUAUGCCCUGCUCGGAUGACUCACACAUGGGCGCGAUCACCCAGAGACAGGGAUAUACACGAUAGCCUGCUAAAACUAUAGUGAGCCUGUUCUAAGUAUCCCUACCCACCACACUUAAUGAGUUACCUCGGUCACCCUAAGCAGGUCUCCUUCAUUGACCCAAGACCGUAAAUAUAUGGGAUCAUUGUGGUCUGCCUCCCUAGCGACCCUCAUUAAAGAACCUAAUGACAUCCUUUACGUUAUGCAACCACCCCACCUGCAUUAGCACAGAUUCAGAAUACCAUAUCUGUAUUCCACCUAGUACCUCACUGUAAUCGUUAAGCGCUGCAGGAAACACCUUUGGGGCAAGCGACACUAAGCUAAAUUGAUGCAAAUGUUUAUACUUACCUUACAUAUGUUUGAAUGAUCAGAAACUUUAGCAUAAAAUCAUAUCUCUUCUCUUGACAUAACGUUUCAGUUUUCGCCUGUCUUUAAUAUAAAAAUGUGCUGUUUAGUUGUAUGCCAUACCAAAUUCAUUGCUACUACCCAGCUUGCUAUUGCUGUUGUGACAUCGCAAGAAAAUGUUCACCGUCUUUUCAUGCACGAGAAAAAUAAAGAAUAAUAAAAAAAAAAAAAAGGUAAGUAAAAGAGGCCACCAAAUUAAGGACAAUAAAUCUGUUCUCCGCACUGUACACCAAUCUUGAUACUUGUUAGAACCCUCGCAUAUCAUCACUCUACUGCAAGCAUAUCAAAUGAUCUUGGCAGAAGAAUUGGAACGGAGAAUUAAUCCAAAUAUGGAUUUGUUUUUGGCAGAUCCCACGCUGAGGUUUAGACACCAAAACCUGAGAGUCAGUGCAUGGGAUAUUACCGGUGCCUUGAAAUCUGGAGAAAGAAGGCGACAUAGUUUUUCUGGCAGAUCUUCUCAGACAUCUUCUGAAGAAGAAAAAAUUCAACCAGUGACUAUAAGCUUCCUGUGCAAAGAUAGGCUCUUCUCAAAGCCAGGUGGUAAGACCUAUAACAACACGAAUAUUGUUCUAACGGAGGAAGUAGAUGAUUCAAAAUGGAUUUACAGGAGUAUUAUAUGUAUGCUCAGACAGGUAAUACUGUAUCAAUCUUACAGUGAAUAAAACUAUUCUGGAAACAAGCAAUAUCAGAUGUUGUAGACAAACAUUGCUUCUAUCUCCUGUAGUGUCUCAAGCGAGACAGAAUGUAAAAUGGCCAGGAUAAACAUUCUCACCACUACACCAUGAAAUGUCUUGUUACAUUGUAAUAAAAUAUAACCAAAAUAAAAUCACCAUCAGAAGCCAAUAACUGAGUCCCACUAGGUGUCCGUGAGAUAUAUUUAAAACUCUUUACCUGCAUUUCUUUAAAGGAGCCUUGGAUUUUCACCAUCAGUCUGUGCCCCAGUUUCACUCAGAGCUGUCUCGAAUUCGGAGCUUCCAGCAGAUGGAAAGGAAGGCACGGAAACCUUUUAAAGGACACAGGUGGGUGAAGGCUUGCAGGAGGAGGACAAUGUCCUAAUGUGCUAGAGAAACAUAGCAUGGUCAGUUCUCAUUUAGAACGAAGCCAGUCAGGCACCAUCUUCCCUCAGCAUCAUGGGUGUGCACAGCUGUACAUGUAGUGUUUGUUUCUGGUUAUGUAUGCAUUUGCAUUUACUACAUACAAAAUAUUUUUAUCUGCAUCACAAGUUUCGGAAUGCUAACUUUAUAAAGUAAAAUGCAUGUUUUCUGUGAACUGAAAUAUAACCCCUGUGUUAUGAUAUGUUACAGGAUUGGAGGCUCUCUGCCUGAACCUUUUCAUAGGGACAUUGUGGCUUUAGUUGGCGAAUCUGGGAUCACAUUUCGUCUGCCACUUGAGCUCAACAAUUCUCUUACUCAACAGAAAGUCAAACAGCACCUCUGACAGGGGGCGAAAAAUCUUGAAAGAAGGAUUGCUGUGGAGUUUGAUUAUAAGACGAAAAGACGGGGUCAAAAAAUCUCAAAAGAAGGAUUUUAGUCCAAAAGACUGGCAUAAACCAUUUUCACAAAGAGGAUCCAACACUGUGUUUACUGUAGUUCUCCUUACAGUGGUGCACAAUAAGCACCGCUCCAAAGCAUUGCACAACCUCAUUACAAUAUUAAACUAAGAGAAUUAGACAAUGAUCUUCUGAAAGGUCAUCGGACUUGGGAGGUCAGAAUGGAACAAAGACAAAACUGUAAGGCAUUGCCAACUGCUCAAACGUAUUAUUAAAUCAACAAUACCAUGGAGCUGGGUAAAAUAGUGUUCUUAACCACAAGAUGCCAUUUACAACCUCAACAACCUCCUAUGUAUACCACCUGUUGAUGGACACAAAUCACAGGUCUUCACUGAUAAUUUGUUCUGCAGUAACACAUAGCCAUCUGUUCUCGGAGACCUGAGAUGAAAGUAUGGAACAAAAGACUUUGAGAAAUAAAAAGCACUUGGAGAAUGAAUUUAAUUGGAGGAGGUAGUUUCACAGAGAUUAAUUACAGGGUCUUUGCUUAAAAUCAAAAGAAAAAAAAAGGCCUUUCUACCUAGAACAACGAUAUUAGCUCUGUUUGGCAAGCCAGGUGUAAGUUUACAAAUAUCUGGCUCGCCAAAAGACAGCUUUUAUCAUUGGCCCAGCUUUGUGGAAAUGUAGGUCACAGACAUCUGCAAAGGCAGGGGUCGCCUCCAUAGUACUAUAAUUACAUGAAAAAAGCAGUGGGAAAAAUUAAUCUCUAAACUGUGACUACAGCAGACAGAAGGGUUUUUUUUUUUUUUUCCAAAUCUAACGUUUUACCUAAAUUUUGCCAUUUUUAAUUUCAAUUCACUGCAAUUUGGAUAUUGGUGAAUACUUUUUAAGAAUGUUUUUAUACACUGUUUUUCUAUGAAAUGUUUAGAGAUAGCAUAACACAUUCCAGAUAAAGUCGUAUGAAUGUAUAUAAUUAUGUGCAAAACAAAUAAGUGUCAAUAAAUGUCCCUGCUAUCAGGCUGCAAAAGCAGUUCGAGAAAUAUUUUAGUGUAAAAAAAGGAGAUAGUCACCCACCCCUGACAUCACCAAUGGACUAUAAAACGCAGCAGCAGCUCCAGAAUAAUUUGAUUGUUUGCGGGUUGAUCAAAACAAAUUUGGAAUGUGAGCAUACGUGUCUGAACCCUGUCAGUAAUUAUCUGCGUUACUGCUUUUUAAAUAAACA